AUGGAGGCUUUACAGCCAGCGCAUGUUGUACCCUCAGUACGAGGGGGGCGGUUGUUCUGUGCUGAUGGAACCGUGGCGCGCACGAAGGCUCGUCUGGACGACUUCAAGACUGGGCACCCAACACUCGGCCACGACGAUACUGAGCUAUGGGCUGCCCGUCAAGUAUGUGAUAUGGCGUUGAGCGGUGAACACGUGAAGCCAUGGUACGCCCGAACACCAUUCGUGUCGGCAGCAGUGUCGGCGUUUGGCAUGGUGACGUGGUAUGCGGGAUCGAGGCGGCUUCCCAGCAAAUCCAGCAAGGCCGUGGCGCUGGUGUUCACCGGGAUGUUUCUCAAGGGGAUGUGUCGAGAUGUGAAACUCGACUUUAUCUCAAACCGCUUCCGUCACGUUGGUGUUGUGAUUGGGGCCAUGAAAUUCCAACACCCUGGGUAUGGCCUCGUCUUUGGAGUUCUGACGUUGGCGGGGUGGGCCGGCCUGCCUCUGCUCUGCGCGGUGUUUCCUGCGCGUGGCGCUGUUGACGCCUCCGAACUAGAACCCGAAUUCCACAACAUGUUGGAUAGCCAUGGCGACCGCGUUGACCGGUUUACGUACGACCACUCGAUCUGGGCACAAGACAAACAUGCCAAGUAA